AUGACCGCCCAGACGCUGCGGGAGAUCUCCGCGCACAAUUUGCGCACCUUCAGGCACCACUAUGUCUCGGAAAUCUCGGGGUCGCUGGGCGAUCUUGGUACCUUCCUGCCUAUCGCGAUCGCGCUAGCUGUGAAUGGAACGGUGUCGCUGGCCAGCACUUUGAUCUUUUCCGGCAUUUACAAUAUCCUCACAGGGUUGUUCUUCGGUAUCCCGUUGCCCGUGCAGCCGAUGAAAGCUAUUGCGGCAGUCGCGAUCGCCCGCAGCUUCUCCAGUGGUUCGAUCGCGGCGGCCGGGAUCUUUGUUGGUGCCUGCAUUCUGGUAUUCAGCAUCACCGGACUUCUACACUGGUUCGCCAACAUGAUUCCCAUCCCGGUCAUUAAGGGGAUUCAGGUCGGCGCGGGCUUAUCGCUGAUCAUCUCUGCCUGCGGUAGCAUGCUGCGCCCACUGGACUGGAUCAGUCCAUCUUGGGCGGACAACCGUAUCUGGGCGAUUGUGGCAUUCCUCGCCUUGAUCAUUACUAGUGUGUACCGCAGGGUUCCAUACGCAUUGACCCUAUUUGUCAUUGGUCUAGGCUUCGCCAUCAUUUGCACCGCGCUGGCGGGCCAUCUUCCUGCUUUCACUCUUUGGCACCCGUGGCUCGUGCUGCCGACUCCCCACCAGUGGCGUCUUGGUGCUUUGGAUGCUGGUAUUGGACAGAUUCCUCUCACGACGCUCAACUCCAUCGUGGCGGUCACCCACUUGGCCAGCGAUCUGCUGCCAAAUGUGCGCACUCCCUCGAUCACCCACAUCGGCCUCAGCGUGGCCGGCAUGAACCUGCUCGGUUGCUGGUUCGGUGCCAUGCCGGUCUGCCAUGGAUCCGGCGGUCUUGCAGCGCAGUACCGCUUCGGUGCCCGCUCAGGCGCAAGCGUGAUAUUCCUGGGCGUGCUUAAACUUCUCAUUGGCUUCCUGUUUGGCGAGACCCUGGUCGACUUGCUCAAGCGCUUCCCCGCCGCGUUCUUGGGCGUCAUGGUCAUAGCGGCAGGCCUGGAGUUGGUGAGUGUCGGUGAGAGCCUCAACACCUCGGGUGCUCGGGAUCUAGCCCAGGGUGGAAGGGGCAUGCUGGGAGCAAUGGAUCAGCACAUUGGCCCCGUUUGCACCGACGAGGAGCGCAAGCGUCGCUGGACUGUUAUGAUGGUUACCGUUGGUCUGCUAGUUGGAUUUAAGAAUGAUGCAAUUGGUUUUAUUGCCGGUAUGCUGUGCCACUGGGCCUACGAGAUUCCGAACUGGUGGGAGAAAGGGCGCAGCCGCUGGGCAGAGGGCCGCCUUCGCUUGCGGUAG